AAAUCGAAACGAUUUUGUUGUUAUGUAUAUACAUCGAUGUACUAGUACUUGGUUAUUUUUCGCAUUCACUGAAAUAGUGAAGUUGGUUUAAAAUUACUAUUACUAGUUGUGAAAUAAACCUCUUAUCUCAACUAAAUUCCUUGCAAAUUAUCUGCAAUCUCAUUUGUCUUAAAUUUAUAUCAGAAAAUAAGAAAAAAGGAAAAUGUCGGUGCUCGAAGAAAUCCCACUAGCAGUCGUGAAACAGCAUAACAAACCCGAUGAUUUGUGGUUUAUCAUUGAGGACAAAGUCUAUGAUGUUACCAAAUUCCGUUUAGAGCACCCUGGAGGUGAAGAAACACUUGAUGAUGCCGCUGGCAGAGAUGCUACAAAAGAUUUCAUUGAUGCGGGGCAUAGCAGUGAAGCAAGAACAAUGAUGAAGAAGUACUUAAUUGGAGCACUAGCUGCUGCCGAUAGGAAAAAGAAAUUACCGAUAAGAUCAGAGAAUGAGAAACAAUGUUGUUUACUGUCUUGAUAACAUGGCGUGUUUUAUUUUUUUUAGUUCAUUUUUGAUGAAUUUAGAAUUAAUAAUAGUCAAACUAUUCGUUAAUAACAUAUCAUCGGCUAAGAAUAAAAUUCAGCUAACUUCAUUUUUUAUCAUUUUGUUCUGUUUAACAUAUAACCCCGUUAACAGAUUGGUAAUAACUCAUUUGUAUAAAUACGAACAAAUAGGCCCAAUUUGUUCACUGUCUCGGGGCUAAUACCGGUACCAAUGGAAUUAAUUCUGCUUUUCAGCUUUUUGUUAAGUUUCAUCUGUAUUUAUAAAAUUGAGAAAUCUGCCAAAUUUCAUAAAAAGUUUAAAAUUUCAUAUUUUAAGGCCGUGUGUGAAUUGCGUUAAAUAGUUAACACCGUGUAAAAUUUUUGACACUAUUGAAGUGAACAAAAAAAUUUCAGCUGUAUGGCUUAUUGUUUAAUAUUUUUCUCUGCCUCUUUUCUGCUAUGAAACUCCUUUUUAAUAAAAAAAAAAAAAAAACAAAACCAUCUGCAAAAAAAAUUUAACCUAAUUUAACCAGGUCCCAGAGCCCAUUAAAUUUUUAACAAAUGAAAAUUUUUUAUUCACCUCAAUAGUGUCAAAAAAUUUACACAGUGUUAACUAUUUAACGCAAUUCACACAAUUUCAGCUGUAUGGCUUAUUGUUUAAUAUUUUUCUCUGCCUCUUUUCUGCCAUGAAACUCCUUUUUAAUAAAAAAAAAAAACCAUCUGCAAACAAAAUUUAAUCUUAUUUAACCAGUACCUAGAGCCCAUUAAAUUUUUAACAGCUGAAAGUUUUUUAUUCACCUCAAUAGUUUCAAAAAUUUUACACGGGGUUAACUAUUUAACGCAAUUCACACACGGCCUAAGUAUCAGGGGUGGAAUCGGCUAAGGUGAUAGUUGAUUGUCACCUUUUUGAUUGUGACUUUUGACCAUCACCUAUUCUUUGCUCUGAGUAAAGUGAUUACCAAAACCCUGCAAGUGCAGAAAUUUUGAUGAGUAUUUGACUCACACGCUGGAGAACGAGGUUCGAUCCCUACCGGUGCCCAAAUAUUUUUUUAAAAAUAUUUAGAUAUUCUAUAUUUUUUCUUCACAAAAAACCAUAUUUUACCUAACGAACUCAAAUUUUCGCAUUAGUUUAGAAUAUAAUGGAGUUCGCCGUUGAGGAUUUAAAUAAAAAUUGAAAGUGAAAGUGACACCUAAAUAGCCAACAAACCAUAACAAAAAAGUGAUCGUCACUUUGAUAAUCACCUUACGUGGAGCAAAAGUAUUUAUUGUGAUGAUCAACAAUCACCUUAGCCGAUUCCACCCCAGGUCUAGCACCUUAGUUACGUUAGUUACUUAUUUUAUGAGUUAUCUUUUUUAAAAUCUACCAAUACAUGACAUCAAUAAAGUUAGCAGUUUUUUAUACUAGCCGAAGACAGGUCGUGUUUUCGUGAGAAUUGUAAAAUGCAAAAUUAACGCUUUGCACAGUCUGGCUUUAAAGUUAUCCACAGUUUUAAAUUAUUCCAAAUCAUUCAUCUUCUCUCUCGUUUGAGUAAAAAAAGCAAACUAAUUUAUAGUUAUUAUUUUUUUUUUUUUUUAAUUAUCGCUAAAACACGGCUAAUUAUAAAUAACUUAAUGUAAAAAUGUUUGAAUUUGAUUUUUUGUUUGCUUUUUAUUUUUUUUAUUGAGUUUUUUAUAUGAAUAAAUUCUAAAAAAAUAU